UGUAACGGCACUUGUCGAAACGAAAGCGCUAAAUUAGUUCUGGCGUGCUUUGAUAAUUAUAUUUUCACGUGGACUCCUGACAUCAAACUCCCACAGGCGAGCAAAGCGCUUAAAUUUAAGUUUUUUGAAGAUGCACCGACGUGACAUUUUACGUUUGUGGGCUCAGAUAGUACAACACACAGGUGUAGAGGAAUACACCGCUGAGGAAUGGCAGGAACACUAUGAGAAUUUCUGGAAACACAUGCAAUCGAAUGAAAUGCCGUAUAUACGUCUUGAAAGUAUUGACUUAAUGUUAAAGGAUGAUAUUUCAAUUAAACCAGAUCAAAUUCAACGCACAAAAAGGAAUAAUGAAGCGCGGAUUGUUAAUAACGAGUUAGUGCCACAUGUGUUGCGAAAACGCCUUAAAUUAGCGACGGAUAAUAGGUUAUUGAUUCAGAAAUCAAAUGAAUCAAAAGUGGUUCCUAGAAUGAAGUGUACGCGAAAGAGAAAUACAAAUGAUAAAGUCGAGGAUCAUAUUCCAAAUUCUAAUACCAUCAUAAUAGAUGAGCCAAUGACAAGCUCAAAGUUACUGGAUAGUAAAACAAGGAAUAGAGUAUCGAUAUCUAACAGGCCAAAAGAUAAAGCAAUAGAUAUUGCAGAAUCUUCAAUAAAAAAACUUACGAAAAAUUGCACUCCUACUGUGCAGAGUGACUCAUCUGACAAUUGGAAUCUGCGCAAAGAACAGCUAUCUGAUGAGGAACAAGAAACUCUAAAUAAGCAAAGGGAACACCUUCAAUUAGAGCAGGAGAUUAGCCAUCUAGAAGCUGAGCUAGAUCAGUUAUAUGAGGCGAAGACACAGCCUAAGAAUCAGAUGAUGCGAAACAAAAAUUCGAAUCAAGAAAAGAAUAAUUAUAAAAAGCCGGUGAAUGAGCUGGAGGAUGAGCAAAAGAACCAAGAAUUCAUUGGGAUAACAAAGCUAAAAGUACAAGAUAAAUUAACUGAUGAGAUGGAGCCGGAUAAUAAAAAACAAGUAGGUCAAGAAUCAGAGCAGCAUAAGUUACAACCGUCGGAAGAAGCGGGCGAGAGUAUUUCGUUUUCAAAAUCUGUGAAAGAAAAAGAAAAGCAGAAGCAGCCUGAGCCCGAGCCAGAACACAUUAUAACAAAUACUAAGGUACGUAAUUCAAGACACAAACGCAUUAUUUAA